CAUCGAGUAGUGCCGCUAGUUUAGUUAAGUGCGUUUGUGUUGAUAUUAGUCAGUGCACUGUAGUAUUUGUUUACUGCAUGUAUGCCCUUUAUAGGAUAUGUGCAGUCGAUCCAAUUUACAGUGUAUAUGCUGCAAUCAGUUGCUUGGAGACGACCCGCUUUGCUCAGCCGGAGGGUUGUCUGGAUUUGUGUUGUGUGUGCGCAAAGUGCCUGUAGUGGGUGGCAACGGCGCCAGUUGCUGGAAGAUUGGCAGGCGCGACUGUGAGGCAGCUGCGUUGCCUAUGUUGAGGGCCACCUCUGAAGAGGAUGAGUGUGUGGCAGCGUCAUUUGGUGGAGCGUCGUUGCGACGAGCUGCAUCGUUGCGAAGAGCCUCGUAUCUGCGUCGGGCUGCUAUUCUGCGAAGGUUUUCGCUUGUGUUGCGUGUUGAAGCUGGAUACGAUCUAGUGAGCCUUGCACUCACAAUAUUGCGACUGUGCUCACGGAAAGUAAUCGGGCCAUACACCGGAGGAUGA